CGCAAACCGUGACGGCGGAAAUAAGACAGCCAAGCUGCUGCUGGCCAGGAGAGAACGCAGUGAGAAGGCAAGCUUUGAUUUGGGUACUUUUUCUUUCUUUUGUUUGCUUUUCAAAACGCAUGGCGUUGGAAUGUUUGCGUCACGUGUGACAGCAGCAGCCUGGCGCGCGCUCGGCAGGGAGCCCGUGUGGAGAAUGACCAUCCUCAACAACUCUGCCGUCGUUCCCGCGCGAGGCUGCGCUCAGGCAGGGAGCAAGAGGAAUCUGCCGAGAUGGGAUAUGACACCCGAGGAGAUCACGACCUCCACGGAGCGCUUGAUGGGCAGGGUGAAGAAGGUCUAUGAUGACGUCGGGUCUCUCAACGUGGAGGAUGUCUGCGUUGAAAACACCCUGAGAGCUCUGGCCAACGUCAAGCUGGACUAUGCAUCGUCUCGCCAUGCCCUCGACUUCCCGCAGUACGUCUGCCCUUCCAAGGAGGUCCGGUCGGCGAGCACAGAGGCGGACAAGAAGCUUUCCGAGUUGGACGUGGAGCUGAGCAUGAGGGAAGACGUCUUCCAGAGAAUCACUGCCUUGCAGAAGAAGCUUCCGGAAAACGUCUCCGCAGAAGAGAUGAGGCUCCUCGAACGACUUGUGAUGUUGGGCAGGAGGAACGGACUGCACUUGUCUUCAGAGACGCGAGAGCAAAUAAAAAGGACAUCCAAGCUCAUCAGCGAGCUCUCCAUCGAGUUCAAUAAGAACCUGAACGAGGACAACACCUUCCUGGUCUUCUCCGAGCAGCAGUUGGACGGACUGGCUGGCAGCUUCCUCGGAGGCCUGGAGAAGACCCUGGAUGGACGCUACAAGGUGACGCUGGAGUACCCGCACUACUACCCCAUCAUGAAGAGGUGUCGCGAUCCCGAGACGCGCAGGAAAAUGGAGACGGCAUUUCACAGCAGGUGCAAAGAGGCCAACACGCCCAUCCUGGAGCGCUUGAUACAGCAGAGGUCAAAGGUGGCGACCCUGCUGGGCUACAGCAGCCACGCGGACUACGUGCUGGAGCUCAACAUGGCCAAAAACGCCAGCAACGUGGCCGCCUUUCUAAACGCCCUCCACGAGACGCUGAAGCCCGUCGGCGUCCGAGAGAGGAAGUACAUCCUGGCACUGAAGAAGAGGGAGUGCCUGGCGAGGGGCGGCCAUUUUGAUGGGCAGAUCAACGCCUGGGACCUGCCCUACUACAUGAACCAAGUGGAGCAGCGCAAGUUCGCCGUGGACAAGGACAAGCUCAUCGAGUACUUCCCGCUCCACGCCGUCACGGAGGGGCUCUUUGGGAUCUACCAGGACCUGCUGGGUCUCAGGUUCAGCGAGGUCCAGCAAGCCCACGUGUGGCACCACGACGUCAAGCUGUAUGCCGCGCAUGACGCAGACACGGGGGAGGAGGUGGGCCUUUUCUACCUGGACCUGCACCCCAGGGAGGGAAAGUACAGCCACGCUGCGUGUUUCGGCCUUCAGCCGGGCUGCAGAGGCCCCGAUGGAACGCGUCGCCUCCCGGUGGCGGCCAUGGUGGCGAACUUUACCAAACCCAGUAAAGGCUUGCCCUCCCUCCUCCAGCACCACGAGGUGGAGACGUACUUCCAUGAGUUUGGUCAUGUCAUGCACGAGCUGUGCUCCAAGACCACCUUUUCAGAGUUCAGUGGGACUCUGGUGGAGACCGACUUUGUGGAAGUCCCCUCCCAGAUGCUGGAGAACUGGGUGUGGGAGAAGGAGCCUCUGAGGAGAAUGUCUCGCCACUACAAGGACGGCACGGCCAUCCCGGACCAGCUGCUCGACAAACUCAUCGCGUCCAGAGUGGCCAACACGGGUCUGAUGAACCUGCGUCAGGUGGUCCUCAGCAAAGUAGACCAGUCGCUACACAGCAGCGCUCGUGCGGACACGGCCGCAGUGUUUGCUCAACACUGCCAGGACAUCCUGGGCGUCCCCGCCUCAGCAGGCACCAACAUGACGGCCACCUUCGGCCACCUGGCGGGAGGAUACGACGGCCAGUACUACAGCUACCUGUGGAGCGAGGUCUACUCCAUGGACAUCUAUUUCAGUCGCUUUAAAAAGGAAGGAAUUCUCAACCCAGAGGUUGGGAAAGAGUACCGGAGAGUCAUCCUGGAGGCGGGAGGCUCCGUGGAUGGAAUGGACAUGCUGGAACGCUUUCUUGGUCGCGCUCCGUGUCGGGAAGCAUUCUUUCAGUGCAAGGGACUGAGCAGGACACAGGACACACACGCCGCACUCUGAUGUGUCCUGUCAAUGGUGACAAAGGUCCAGUACAGUGUUUCCCACAGGACUACAACCUAUUUGUGGUGGCAAAGGCGGUACAUGAUGUCACUGACUAAUUUGCAUAAUUGGCCGUGACGCAUGUGCAUGUAACUCAUAAUGGACGCCGUUGGAGAGUCAGGAAUAACGUUGUGGGAGACAAAAAGUGAGUCAAAAAUAAGACAAGCAAAACAGGUAGCGCCAAAUUUAUGUGUGGCAAGGAAGAGACCACUCCCCCACAAUGUCCACCUGCUGUGUCAUAGUGUUUGUACUUUACGGUACAUUUACAUGUAUAUACAUGAAAAUAAUCAAAGUUGGGCACAUUUCCUGGUAAUUAUGAAGAAUUAUGACCACAAUAAACAAUGAAAUUGAAAUAAAAUGCAAUACAUUUAAAUGUAAAUAAAAAAUGUACAUUUAAAAAUGAAAUUAUAUUUUAAUUAAAUGUAAUGAAUUAUAUUAAAUUUAAAUUAAAGCUUUUUCCCUGAUAACCAUUUAAAAGAUCUGUUAUAAUUCCCAUGCAGAAUGUCCAGUUCGGCAAGGACCAGGGAUGUUUUGUAUGAAUAUGUUUGCACAUAUUCUUGGCAAUAAAUA